AUGAAUAUGACUAGUUUACUUUCAGAGCAAUUAAUUGUAGACACAGUAUUAAAUCAUAUCAGAAGGUAGCUUUCCAUCACUUUAGAAAGGAAUUCUUUUUAAUAGUAUCUACACAAUUCUUUUUUAAUUUACAAAAGGAUUCUUGAAUUGAAAAUAGAAAAUGUUGAAUAUUUCAUUAAGUCUAAGUCAUCCCUUAGAGGAGGAGGAUGUGGAGGAACCAAAAUUAAAAAUGAUAUGCAUACUACAAUUCCUACCAAUUAUAUUUAGAAUAUGAAAUCAAAUUCUCAAUUGCUUGUUGAUAAAUGUAAUUAACUUUAAGAUAAUUUUUCGCGUAAUGAAAUAAUGAUAUCAUUAUAAUGGUUUUUUGAUAAUAGAUAUUGGAUUUGUGAAAUUUGUAAAAAUGACAAUCUAAUUUUAAAGAUUUAUGAUAUAGCAUUAAGUUAAUUUUAACAGCUUAUUUCAGUUAUACCAAUUUAUUUAAGGGGAUCAGGAUGUCUUUGCUAUUAUGUAUUGGAAGUGUGUAAUGAUUUAUUAAUGAUAAUAUAUACUUAUUAGCUAAAAGAUGAGAAACGCUUUCUUUACACUGAUUUACAUGGUGAAUUAUUAUCAAUGAUAGAUAUUUUCAAAAUGAAUCUUGAAGUUCAUAAUUACUAUUGGACAAAUGGACUAGAGUUUUAGAUUACUCUAAUAAAAACAGUUUUACUAAAUAGCAGGACAAAAUCAAAGAAUAAAUAUGAUAAAUUGAAAUAAAUCGGAUCCUCUCUAUUUUCUUCCUUGUUAUAGUUUUCAUUAAAAGAAUAAUUUUUAAAUGCUAUAUUUGAUUGUGCAAAAGAUUUGCUUACUGCCAAGUACUAUUAAUUUUAGUUUCCUAUUGAAACAUAUCAAAUAUAUUACUUCUUCUUUUUAUUAAAAUCAAAUAUCAUCAAAAAUAUCUAAGAAAAUAAAGUUGAAAGUAAUCUAAUUAAAAAUCUUUAGCAAGGAUAUGAAAAAUAUGUUAUGAAUUCAGAAAAUUGGAUAGUGCACUUUUGUUGGAUAAAUGCUAUUUCAGAUUUGAUUUCAACUAGAAAAAUUAUAUCAAAAACAGAAUUCUUAAAAACCUUAGAUGAAAAUAAACAAAAAUAGCUAUGGAAUGAAUACAUUGACUAAAAUAUUAUUUAAGAAUUAUCUUAUGAUAAAUUGCUUGUGUAAGUGAAUAAUAAUAUUUCAUAUGAGUCUAUGAAUUACGAUUAAGAGUUAACAUUAGAUAAAUUAGGUUAUAAAAAGAUGAAACAAUUUUAAAAUGAUAUUUUAAAUCAAUAAUUUGCAAAAAAAUAAAAUUUCUUUAAAUUGUAUUUAGAUUUUACAUUUAAAAAAUUGAAAAAACCAGAAGAAUAAAGCAAUAUAUAGUAACAACUUGAAUUAUUAAGUGUUGAUGAAUAAAGUAUGAAACUUUAAAAUUUAUAUUAAAUGUUAGAAAAAAUCUUAAGAAUCUUCGAACAAUAUAGUAAAUGUUUAGUAAACUCAACUUCAAUCCCUUCUCAAUAAGUUGAAACAAAAACUUAGGACAAUUAAUAGGAUCUAGCUUAAGAUUAAUAAGGAGAUAUUUAAUAAUUAGAUGUAAGUCUUUUCAAACUUUCAUAUAUACUUUAUGAAAUAGAUAUCACUAUGAUUAUUGAGAAAAAGAGAAUAGAAAUCUGUUUAGAAUAAGCUAAAUUGGAUUAAAGUUAAAAUGAAAAAGAUAAUAAAAAAAAGAAUAAAGAUAAUAAAGAAAAGGAGGAGAAAUAAUUAAAUUAGCUUGAAACUAUUUAUAAGGAUUGGACAACAAAAUAUAAUGAAAUAUUUAAUCUCAUCUCAAAACACAAAGGAUUUCACUUAAAGUUUUCGAAAAUUGAAAAAAUGUAAUCCUAAGAAUAAUAAAUUUAAAUUCAAGAAAAUGAUUUAAGUGUAUUUAUUAGAGAUAUUUAAAUUUCAAUAAAACGGUUUUUAUAAGAAUUUAGUUUAUAGUAAUAAUCGUUAUAAAACUUUUUGGAGCUAAACAAUAAGCAAAUAAAAAUAAUAGAUGAAGAAUAAUUAGAUCAAAAACUGAAUGAAUUCUUCCUAGAUUUUAUUGAAAGGGAUAAUUUAUUAUUUAUAGAUGAUGAAUACCAUAAAAAAAUUAUGGAAAGUCUCAUUCAAUAAAAUUUUUAAAAGCUUGAAGAUAUAAAUAAAUUUGAUUCUAAUCUUAAAAACUAUAUCAAAAUGAGCAAAAUUUUAAAAGGGUAAAUUAUGUAAACAGUUUACAUUUUUUCCAAAUUGGAAUUGAAUCUCAAAUCUGUCUUAGGAACUAAAAAUUUUAAAGAACAUAAAUCUAUAAGUGAAUUGAUAAAAUUACAAGAAAAAGAAAUUGAACUAUUUAUUUCUUAAGAUCUUAAAGAUUAAAGUAAUAUUUCGAAAAUACUUUAAUACAUUUUAAGGUUAAGAGAUAAAAUAAUAGAUAAUUUUGCCUAAUAAUAAAAUACAUUAUUUAGCUCAGCAUUAAUUCUGUAAACAGAACUUUUUAAUUCAGUUUAUAAUUUCAAUUUAUCCUCUGAAUAAGAUUUCGAAUAAUUCAAGAAGGAGAUAUAGGACAAAUACUAAUAAUAUAAAAAUAUUGAGUAAUAAAAUAAUGAUCAAAAUGAGAAUUCUCAUAAACAAAUUUAGAAAGUAUAAAUUGAAUAAAAUGAGCAAUCAAAACUUCUUUCUAAAAAAAUAACAGAAUUGAAUAAAUAAAUAAUUGUUAUUCACAAUAUAAUUGAUAAAAUGGAAAUAUUAUCUUAAUAUAUUCACUAAAAUUGUUCUAGUAUCAUAUAUUUAAAUGAAGUCAAUUUUCCAGAAUCUUUAUUCUUAAAUAUCAAAAAUAUUAUUAAAGUAUAAAUAAAUAAACUAGAAUUAGUUAACUUAUUACAAGAAUUUAUAAAGGGUGUGUAGGAGAAAAAGUAAUCUUAGAGAAAUCAAAUUUAAAAUAAAAUAAAUUUUUCAUUAAAAGAUUUUGCCAUUAUGUUUUGCUAUAAUAGUUUAUCUUCAGAUAUCUUAGUUAAGAUAGAUAAAAACUAUUAAGAUAUACUAGAUAAUUUACAACAAGAAGUGAUUGUGGAAAGAAAAUUCUAUGAUUUAAGCAAAGAUUACAUUGUUCGUGAAUGCUUCCUCUUUCACAUGAUAAAAAUUUAAUCUUAAGUCCCUGAAAAAAAAAUAUUAUAAUUUUGUCAAGAAUAUAUUUAACAAAUAUGGCUGAAAGAAAAAGAUAAAUCAGUUAGAGCUUUACUAAAAAAUAAAGAGAUGGUGGAAAUGUAAAAAUAACUGUUCUCUCAUGAUCUUAAAACUUUUUCUGCAAGCAUUAAACAAGAGAUGAAUUAAAGAAUGUAGGAAAUGAAAGCAAUUGAAUCAGAAAUUAGAUUUGAAGGCAAUCUAUCAAAGCGAGAUGAAUUGUCAAAAAAAUUAACUAAUCAAUACGAAGAAUUUGAGGAAUUUCUAGAAAGUAUUUCUGAAAUGUAGUAGCAAUUGGAUAUUACUUUGAUAUUUUUAAAGGAGCUACAAAAAAAUAUGAAAUAAAUUAAAAAGUAAAUAAAUUAUCUAUAGGAAUCAAUAAAUGAGAUUGGAAAUGAUGUAAGAAAAUUAAGAGGUAAAAAAUAUGAAGAGUUAUUUGAAAUUAGAAAAGAAAAAGUAAAAUCAUAAGCCUAUCUUCUAGAACUUGAUUCUAUAUAUAUUCCAUUAAAUACAUAGGAAAUCAAUCCUUUUACAGGAUAAAUAUAAAAGACUUCUUCAGGUAAAGAUUCUUCUGAAUUACUUAUUGAGGAUUAAAAAGAAAACAAAUAAGCAGAAAGGGAAGGAGAAGUCAACUAAUUUAUUUAUGAAGAGGCGAAUAAAGAUGUUAUGCUAAUCAAAGGUUAAGCAGGCUGUGGAAAGAGUAGAGCUGCAAAAAAGAUUGAAAAGUAUCUAUGGAGUCAUUAUAAAGAUCUAAACGAUUGGAUUCCUAUCUACAUAUCAUUGCCAUAAUUAAAAAAUCCAAAGUUUAAUUUAUUAGAUCAAGCACUAGAAUCUGAAAAUUACGGGUUUGAUAAGUUAUAAUUGAAAGAUUUUAAAGAAGCAAUUUAAAACAAUAAAAUUCAAGUGGUUAUGAUUCUUGAUAGUUAUGAUGAAAUGAAGUAAGAUUGUAUUCAAUCCAAUUUAAUAUUAACAAAUAGAUUAAUUUAAGAUCUUAAUUAAGAAAAUAAAUAAAUAAAGAACGUAAAGUUUAUAAUAACAACUCGUAAAGAGAUAUUGAUAAGUUUAGGAUAUUAAACAUGGUUUUUUGGAAAUGGUCUUGAGACAUUCAAGGAAGUAGAAAUAAUGAAUUUUGAUGAAAAACAAAGUGAAAAUUAUCUCAAACAUUAUGUUAAAUUGAGUAUUAAAAGACGAAUUAAAUCAUAAUAUGAUUUUGUAAAAUAAAUAAAAUAAGAGCGUAUAGAUAUUCAGGAAUUCUUAAAAAUUUGGAAUAAAAUAGAAAAUCAAGUUAUUAAUUAAGACGAUAGUUAAGAAGAUUCUGUUAGAUUACUUGAUGAUAAAUAAAUUUAAUAUAUUUUGGAACUAAUAAAAAUAUAAUCUGCAUUUCAAUAUGUUUUAGAAGGUUAAUUAAUUAUCUUAUAAAAGGAACUUGCAGAUUUAUGGAGUGCAAGUUUAUUUAAUAAGACUAUUGAAAACCUUAGUAUAAAAGAUAUCUUAACAACUCCAUUUAUGCUUGAAAUCGUGGUGUAAACUCUUCCAAGUCUAUCAAAAAAAUAUAAAGGAUCUAAUGAUUUUAAGGAAAGCUUUCAAAAUAAUUUCCUAAUACUGAAAAAGAGAUAAAAUCUAUCAAAAUAGCUAAUACAAUAAUACAAUUUUUCAGAACAAUAUCAAGAUUAAAAAAUUAAGUAGGUAAACAAUAAUUAAUAAAGACAAAUUGAUAAAUAUCAAGAUAAAUAAGAUUUAGAAGAUCUAAAUAAAAUUCUUGAUAGAUUAGAAAGAAAAAGAUUUUUUGAAAAUUUUUCAAUAACUAAUAUAUCUUCAGUAAAAAAUGAAUUAAAAAACAUAAAUGACGAUGAUUUAAAAGUUGUAAUUCCAGCUUUAACAAUGUAGAAAUUUACAAUUUAUGAUUUCUAUUUAAAUUUUAUAGAAUUUUAUCAUGAAUAAUAAAUUUAGAAACUUAGAUAAUUAGGGAAAAUUGAUAACAUGGAUAGUUUUAUUAUAGAUUUAGUAUAAUUUUCAGAAUCUUUAGCUUUAGAAAUGACUAUAAAUUAAACAACAUAAGUGAAUUAUUAAUAAAAAGGAAGGUUAAAACUAAAUAAUAAAUAUUUUGAUCAAAAUGAUGAAGGUAAUUGGAAAAUGAAAUAUUUUGAUGAUUUAGAAGAUGAAUAUAAAAAGCUUGUGAGAAGUUCUGCAUUAAUUAAUUUGAAAGGGAAAAGCUAUUCUUUUAAUCAUAAAUCAAUAUAGGAAUUUUAUGUAGCUUAACAUAUAAAUAACUUAAUGGAUAAAUUUGAAUUAAUAGACAAUUAAAUUACUGAUAAUAGUAAAAAUUAACUGGAAAAUUCAGUUUUUAAUCAGAAGCAAUUUAAUAUCUCAUUAGAAAAUUACUUAGGAUCUUUGAACAUAUUGAAAUAAAAACUAAAACUAAAGGAUUAAAAUAACCUUAAAUUAAUUUCUAUCGCUAAAUAAUCAAAAAAAUAAGAAUUUAAAGUUGCUUCUUCAAAUAGUUUUUGUUUAUUAAGUUAUUUAUAAGUAUAUCUAGGAGAGUAAGAAUUUUAAGGAAUUCAUCUAGAAAAGACGACUCUUAAAGGAUUAUCUUUUUAUAAAAGCAAAUUAUAACAUUCAAUUUUCAACGAAGUAAUUAUAGAUUCUUGCUUAUUUGAUGAAGCAAAUUUGGAAAACGCGAAAUGGAAUAAUAUAAUAUGUUCUGAAAAACCAUAUUUAGAAGGACAUGAAGAUAGUGUUCUUAUAAUUUAAUAUUCAAAUGAUGGUAAGAUAAUAGCUAGUGGAGGGUCGGAAAAGGUUAUAAAGUUUUGGGAUAGUAACACUUUUUAGCAAAUUGGAGAGAUUAGAGAUAUUUCUGUCAAACCAAAAUUUUUAGUGUUCACUCCGGAUGAUUAAAUGCUAUUUGUAAGUGGGGAUAGAAAUAAAAUAGAAUCUUGGUUGAUUAAUGAUCUUAAAAAUAUCUAGAAAACAAACCAUAAAAUUAAUAAAUAUAGUAGAGUAAUUUUAAUGUAAUUGUCAUAAAAUUAAAAAGAAUUAGUAGUUGUCAGUGGUGAUGGUCUAAUUCAAUUUUGGGAUGUAAACUUAAUCAGAAAAAAUUUUAAAGUAAAAGACGGAUUUAUUUUAAAAAAUUCAGAGAGUGAGAUAAAGUGUAUUUAAUUUUUCAAGAAUGGUGAAAUGUUGGCCUCUGCAAAUAGGGACCGAGAAGUUACACUUUGGAAUGUAAAAGAAUAAAAAGUAUUAGCUGUAAUUAAAUUAGAUUUUUUAAUUCAUUAAUUAGCUAUCAAUUAAACAUCUGAAUAUCUUGUUUGUGUUCCUUCUGAAUAUGAUAAUUUUAAUGUUUGGAAAAUAGAAAACCUUAAAUAACCUUAUUUGAUUCGUAAUUCUUCUAAAUUUCAAAUUAAGAGUAUACUAUUGACUAAAGAUGAUUAAUAAUCAGUAUGUAAUCUUGGUGAUGCAAUAUUAAUUUAAAAUGUAUAUGAUUAAGAGAAAUUUUAUGAAAUAACUUACUCUCAAUGCAUAGAUUUUUCACCAGAUGAAAAUCUAGUUGCUAUUGGUUAAAAUGAAUAAAUAGCACUUUGGAGUAUAUUCACAUCAUCUCAAAUAGGUACCAUUGAAAAUCAUUCAUUAGUAAAGGAGCUUUUAUUCAUUUGUAAUGGAACAAAGUUAUUAAGUGGAGAUGAGCACUAAGAUUUAAAACUUUGGUCAAUAGAGAAAUGCUAACUAAUUGCAGUCUUUUCAAAAUUCUACUAAUAAAAUAUAACCAUAUCUUCUGAUUUUGAUAAGAUAGUUAUUUCAACUAUAGAAAAACAUAGAGCAAUUAUAAGUUUAAGUCAACACAAAUCUAAAUCAUUCAAUCAUCGUAGCGAUUGUAAAAGAAUCUCUAUUUUAUAAAAUGAAUAACUAAUUGUUGUACAAAAGAGGAAUGCACAGUAAGUUAUUGGAUUACAAAAUAAUUAGUAGAUAGAAUUUGAGAAUAGCCCUAAUAAUUUUUAAUAAUGUGUGUUUUCACAUAAAUCCUCUCUCUUUGCUAGUUAUAGUGAAAAUUCUAAAAUUCUGAUUUGGAAUUAAGAAGGCAUGAGAUUUAUUCAAAAACAUGAAGAUAAAUGUGAUUCUAAAAUUUCUUUUAUGAUAUUUUCUUUUGAUGAUAAAUAUUUGGCUUUGACAUCUAAAACAGACAAAUUAAUAAAAAUAUGGGAUUUUUGUUAAAAUCAAAUAUAUUCAUUAAAAGAACCAAUAAAUGAAACAGAGGAGGAGUAUAAUUAUUUAAUGUAGACAGAAAUCUGUUUUUCUUAUGAUAGUCAAUAAGUAGCAUUUUACAAUAAUAAUGAAAUAACAAUAUGGAAAUUUAUUUCUGAUUAAAAUUCAGAUAUUUUUACAUAUAAUAAUCAUUCAAGAAUAAGAACUAUUGCAUCUUCUCCUAAAUAAAAUUUAUUUGCUACAUCUGAUGAGGAAUUGAAUUUUAAAUUUUUGCAUUUCGAAACUAAAUAAUUGUUGCUUUCAUUUUCUACAAGAGAAUAAACUAAUUCCUUAUGUUUUACAUAUGAUGGAAAAUAUUUAAUUAGUGCAAGAAUUAAAUUUAAACUAUGGGAUAUAUAAAAUUUUCCAGAAAUCAAAUUAUCUGCUGAAUCAGACUCUUAUAAUAAUGAAGAUAUAUUGAAAAUCUGUUGCUUAAGUCAAUCAUAAGGUAUUUGGUAUUCUAGCUCAUAAAAUAGUAGAGUGAUGUUAUUUGAUGAUUUUGAAUAUUUAGGAAUAUUAGAGAGUUCGAAUUAAGUGAGAAUUCAAUGUUAAUUUUCAGCAGAUAGUCAAUUUUUAGUUGGUGGAAUAAACGAAAAAGUAAUAAUUUGGAAUAUACAUAACAAUUAUGAAAUUUAAUUCAGUAGAUCAUUACCCAAUACAAUUGAGUCAGUUACAUAUUGUUAAGAUUAAAAUAGACUUGUUGUAACAAUUCUAUCUGGAAUAUAUAUUUUGAAUGUCAAAUCAAACGAUUUAGUUGAAGUAAUUCCAAAUCUCAAUUCUGCCGUAUAUGCGAAAAUGUAUUUUAAUGAUGAAUAUCUUUAUACUAAAGAAAAAUAAUCUGUAAAAAUUUGGAAAAAUAAUAGAGAUAAUUAAUUUACUUUAAUUGACUAUUAUAGUUUGAUGGAAAGUGAUUUAUUUAGACAAAUAACUGAAGAUAUUGUCUUUUCAUAGGAUGGAAAAUAUUUAGCAAAAUUAAGAAGUGCCUAUUAUAUUUGGGAUCAAAUACCAAUCAUCAUUUAUCCUGUAGAUAUGAAAAGUAAACAAAGAUUUAUUUUUACAAAAAAUUUAAGCAAAAUAGCAAUAUCAAAUAACUUAGAAUAUUUAUUAUAUGGCAAUUAAGAGCUUUCUAAAUUAUCUUAUUUUGAAUCAAAUUUUAUAAUUAAAGAAUUCAUUGAUUUAGGAUAUUUUGAGUUUUGCCCAGAUAAUCAUCAUAUAGUCUUCUUUAAUAAUUACAAUUUCACAAUUUACAACAUUAUAUCAAAUAAUGUUAUUUUUUAACUUAGUUCAGAGAAGUUUGGUUACAGUGAAUAUUCAACUUCAUUUGAAUUUACAAAUUAUGGAAAGCUUUUAGUAAUGAGUUCUAGAUAAGUAUAUCUUUUCAAUAUGACCAAAAUUAAUAAACCUUAAUUAAUUGGAGUAAUAUGUGAAGCAAUGAAUUCAGUUGCUCCAAAAACUUCAUCAAAUUAUCUUGCUUUAUAGUUUAAUUAAGAUUCAAUUUAAAUCAUUGAAAUGAUUUAAAGUAAAUUUAUUAGAUCUUUACAUAUUCCCAAUAUUAUUGUUGUGGAAGAUUUAGUUCUUUUUUAAAAUGAUUCAAAAGUGGCAUUUUAAUAGCUUGAAGAAUUUAACGUCUUUGAUAUUAAUGAAAAUGCAAUAGAAUAUAAUCUUGGUAAAACUAUUGCAUGUGAUAAAAUAGCUAUUUCCAAAGAUAGAAAUAAUUUAAUCUUUUCUUCAAAGAACCAAGUCUAUUUAUAUGAGAAGGAAAAUCACUAAGAAUUUAAUAAAUUGGAAGAGGAUAUCAAAUUCUUAUAUUUUUCAUUUUCUUAAGAUUCAAAAUACUUAGCAGGAUGUGGAAGUAAUAAAAUAAUUUAUUUUUGGGACUUUAAGGCUAGAAAAGUGAUGGCUAAAUUCUUAGGCCAUUCAGAAUAAAUACAUGCUGCUUAAAUUUCUUAGGAUAAUUCAACAUUAGCGUCUGUUAGUGUAGAAAAAUAUAUAAGAUUAUGGAAUUUAAAUGUUGACUUUAACAGGUUGUCUUAGGAUGGACAUGAGAAUAUAAUUAGCAAUAUAGAGUUUUCACCAGAUGGGCUAGUUUUAUACUCUGGAGGCUUAGAUUAAACUCUUAAAUUAUGGGAUAUAUAACAUAAAGCCCUAUUAAUUUCAAAGCUUUUUAAUUAUCCAAUAUAUUCCUUUUCAAUUUCUAAUAAUUAAGAUCAUCUCAUUAUAUCACAAGGAGAGAUUGUUGAAUUAUGGAGUAUUUCACUUAAUUAAGCAAUACAAAAAUUGAACUUUUCAAUAAUACCUGGUAGGUGCCCCUCUUGUAAUUGUAUAAUCAAAAAAAGCAUUAAGAAGAUUUAAUUUUUAUCUGAUAAUAACAAAUUCAUUACGUUAUCCACGUAUGAAGGUUAGAGGGAUAAUGGCUAUGAUGAGUUUUCUAUAGCAGAGAUCUGGGAUAUAAAUAAAAAACAAGAUAAUGAUUCAAUUUAUUACAAAUAUGCUGAAAUUGAAGUUAGACUUUACUAAAUAUCUUAAGAUUUUAAAUAUAUAUGUUCUGUAGACUUUAAUAAUGAAUUAACUCUAACUGAGUUGUCAAAAACAUCAUCCUAACCAAGCUUAAAAAAAUUAAAUAUGUAUAACAAAAAUACUAUAAUCAGCAUUCUCUUUUCAAAUAAAUCUAAAAUUUUAUCCUCUGUUGAUAGUUAAAUGAUUGUUUUUAGAAAUUUGGAUAGUGACUAAUUACUUUGUAGUUAUAACAUAAACAUUGAAUCUGAGAAUUUUUUCUAAUAAUUUACAGAUGAUGACAAAUUCUAUUGCACAAAUUAUAAGAAUUAAAUUUAUUUAUGGGAUGUUAAUCAUUUAAUAAAAGAUUAAAAUUUUAAAAUUUCUAAUUUAGAAUCAAAUACAGAAAAUCUCGUAAUUCAAUAUUUUACAAUAUCUCAUAAUUUAAAUUAUUUAGCUAUUGGGGUUAAUGAUAAUAAAAAUAAUAAUAUUUUAAGGAUAAUGGAAUUAAAUUCAAUGGAUAAAUUAAAAACUUUGAAUUAAAAUAGUAAAAUUAAUUUAUUAUUAUUUUCUGACGAUGAUAUGUUUUUAGCAGUGGCAAAUGAAUUAAAUUAAAUGUUAAUUUAUGAAAUGGAUCAAUUUACAUUAAAAAAUUCUUUUACAUGUGAUUAAGAUUAGAUAAUCAUGAUGUAGUUCUUCUAAUAAGUAGUACCUUAAGAAAUAGAUAAUAAUGAUCAACCUUAAUAAAUUGAAUAAAUUAAUUAAAUUGAUAUUCUCUUUGAAAAACCUAAUUAGAAUGAAAACAAUGAAUAUGAAAAUGCUAAUUCUGAAAGUAAUUAGGUUGAAAAAUAUAAAUAAAAUAACGAUAAGGAGAAGGAUAUAAACUUAAAAUAAAAUUAAAGUAUAAUCUCAAUUGAUAAAAAUUAUACCAUUGUAAUCAAUCAUUUGGAUAAUGUAAAAACUCAAAAUUAAAGAAGAUAAUUACAAAAUUCUUCUAAUAGCAAAAUUUAAUAAAUUGUCUUUAUUAACAAUAUAUAGAAUCUUUUUGUAAUUAAUUAAGAUUAAAAUGAAAACUUUGAAGGAGAUGUUUAUUGUUGGUAUGAAAAUAGGUAUAAUAAAAGUAAAACCAUUAAAGAUUGUGUAAUUGCUGAUUUUAGUUUGGAUCGAAAUUAUCUUGUUUAUAGUAAUUAAACAGCAGAUUUAUACUUGAUUGAUUUAUAAAUAGCCAAUUAAUAUGAUAGUGAAACGAUACCAGUGAAAUAUAAUAAUACUUCUUGUGAUCCUUUUAAUUUUCUAAAAUUGAAUUCAGAAAAAUCAAUUUUAUUUGCAGGAAGCAAGGAAUAGAUGUUCUGUUGGAAAUUUUGUAAGGAAGAAGAUCAGGCAUAAUUAAUAUUGCUGAGGAUAUUGGAAAAUAACAGUUUUGAUUACUCAACAAUGCUUUUGAGAUAAGAUAAUUAAAUAUUUUUUUUAAAUAAUGAUAAAAUUUAGAAAUUAGAUUUCUCAGAUGCUUCUGGAAAACUGAAAUCAUACCUUAUUUGUUACUUUAGGCGAUAAUCAGAAUAAUAUAGACACAAUUUAUUUGUGGACGAAAUGCAAUUUCUAAGCUGUAGUUUUUCUUCAGACCUUUCCUUAUGUGUUACUGUAGGGAAGGUUAUAAAGUCCUAAGAAGUUUAAAAUGAGUUUAGAAAUUUAAAAUUAAUUGGAAAUGUAGUAAUCAAUCCAAAGAAAUUAGAAGUUUUAUGCUAUGAAUAUUUAAUCAUAUGGAAUAUUCGAACCUUAAGAUAUUCUACUUUAUUAUAAAAAAGCAAAGAAAUAAAAUGUGACAUUGAAAAUCCUUCCUACUUUGCAGUAUUUUUUCCUCAAAAAAUCAUUAUGGCGUUGAGUAAUGAAUAGAAUAUUGAAAUUAUGGAUUUCCAAGAAUUUGAUUCUAUCAAAAGAAUAGCAACUGUUAAUAAUGAAAAUAAAAUUCAUAAUUUAAUAGUCUCCAAAGAUGAAAAAUUGUUAAUAUCUACAUGUGAACUUGGAAUUUUCAAACUUUGGAAUAUCAGUGAACUAAGUCAAAUAACUCUAUAUCGAGUUAUUUACUUUGGAAAAUAUAAAAACGAUUAUAGAUUUACAAAGGAUCUUAUUUGUUAUAGCCUUUUUAAAAGGGAAGGGUAAUUAACAUAAUAUUUAGAAUAACUAAAUCUCACAAAAUAUUCAGCAGGCAAAUUCUUUUAUUCAUUUUCUUGUUUUCAAACUUUUUCAAUUAUGCAUAAGUAAACUAUUGUUGCAUUUGGAGGAUCAAAAUUGGUCCUAUGGGAUUAUAAUACAAAUCAACAAAAACAUAUUGAAUAAUUAUAUAAUUAUAACGUUAUUUGCGUAACUUUUGCAAAUAAUAGUGAUCUUUUAGCAGCAGCAUAAGAUUGCAGCAUCUAUUUAAUUAAAGUAGUAGUACAACCAUUAGAUUUCAAGAUUAUUAAAUAAAUAGAAGGACAUACAGAUAAAAUUGUGUGUUUAUCCAUUUUACACGAUAACUCUAUGAUUGUAUCAGGUUCAAAAGAUAAAACUAUAAGAUUUUGGAGCAUUAAAUAAUUAAAUAAUGUUUACAUUCUUUAAGGAUUUACUGAAAUAAUUUCAAAGAUAUCAUUAUCUCCUAAUUGUAUAGAUAUGGCAGUAACUAUGGAAAAUGGAUCAAUUAAACUCUAUAAGCUUUUAUUUCCAAAAAAUAAUCAUGAGGUACAUAAAGAUAAAAAAGAAGAAUACAUUUAAUGUUUCAAGGUCUUUGGAAGAUAAAACCUAAUAUCUGCAAAGAAUUGUAUUUUAUGGGAUGCAGUAAUAGAACAGGAUGGUAAAUAAUUAAUAGAAUUAUUCAGGUAGAAAGAAGCUGAUAUGAAAAAGGUAUGA